AUGCAAGCAUUGGAGGGCGAUGUUGUUUUGAUACCACCAAAAUAUCUCGAUGAGCUGAAAUCCAUGCCUGACUCGCAUUUUGCCUUUGCACAAGCGCAGGAGCUAUCGUUGAUGAGCAAGUAUACGAAAACCCCGGUAACAGACUUGGUAACGACUUCAAUGAGGAAUAACGUGGGUCCUCAAGCUGAAUGGAAGCCCGUCACUAUCUUCCCUGAAGUCCCUCAUCUCAUUGCCACAACCGGUGGGGUUUUGCUCUCGGGUGAGGAGCUCAACAGUCACGAAGAAUGGGCCAACGUCUGCAUCGACUAUCUAGUCAACGUAUUCCAAGGUAGCAGUAAACUACUCGUGUGUCCUACCUUCUUGCGGCCUCUGGCCCAAUUUUUCAUUCCAGAGUUGUUCCGUAUAAAAUCAUGCCUGAAAAAAGCAAAUCAAAUCGCCAUACCGAUCAUCGAGAAGCGGCUGAAAAAUAUGGAAAACGAAGAUUUCCAGAAGCCAAUUGAUUUGAUUCAAUGGGCUCUGGAUCUGAGUAUUCAGCGAGGGCCUGUGAAUUUGCAGGAGCAGGUAGAGUGUCAGUUGAUGGGUGCCCUUGGGGCUAUUCAUACAACCAGCAUGGCGUUCACACAAGCAAUAUAUGGCAUGGAACCCCCCGUUUGGGAGUUUCACGCCCGCUAA